GAUGAACAAAGAUCAUAAACCACGAGUACGCAAACGAGCAACACAUAUUGUAACCGACUCCAAACCACGACACAAUUAUGGGAGUGAAAAACCGUUGUUUGUUUACUCAUGUAUCUGCGGGCAAAUGUCACUGAUAAUCGAUUGUUUAGUGGAGAAAUUACCCAGGCGCCCCAGAGACGAUGCUAGAGUUAUUGAUGGCUCUAAACGUGCACAUAAGACAACAGCUACAGCUGUUAAUCCACUCACUCCAGUUUACAUACGUUGGCCAAAUGGUAUAGAGAAGCAAUUUCGGAGAUAUUGCAAAAGUUGUGGACUACCUAUCUUUUAUCGUCAUAGUGCUCAAAAUUCUACGACUGAAUUCAUCAUUAAAAACGCUUUGAAACUCCAAGAUGAUCAAGCUGCAUUGUCUGCAUCAAUGUUAUGUCCAAAGCGACCAGCCUCCUCGAAACGUAUUGAUGAAAGUUCUGCCAAUGCUAGAUUACUUGAAGCACUAGCUGCUGAAGCAGCUGCUCUUCAAAAGAGUGAAGCAUCAAAUAAUAAUGCUCCAUUACGUCGUAGUGUUCAACAACAAGAAACAACUCAAGGAAUUGAUACAGCUGUUACUGUCUCUACUAUUGAAGAUGAAGAAGAGGAAGCUGAAGCAAAAGAAAUCGCGGACUCAUAUGCAGCUAAUGCACGUGUAAUAGAACAAGAGAUGAUUCGACGUGGUAUUAUAAAACGGCGAUUAGUAGAUGAGGCUAAUGAGGAAGCCCAACAAAGACGUAUUCGUGGAACAUUGAUAGAUAAACAAUAAUUCUAUUUAUUUAUUUAUUUAUUCAUACAUUACUUAUAAUUUCUGAAUAAUUUGUAAAUAAACAAAUAUUGUACAUUUUCUAAGUAACUACAAUCUUAUUACAAAACGUUUACACUGUGUA